AUGUUAUCUUACGGUGUAGUACAAAUAUCUGAACAUCUUGAUCCCGACAGGGUUGACAGGGAGAACAAGAUACAUGUCUUACUUGGUCAGCUCCUUACUAGACCUCGAUACGGAAAGGAACAGAAGGAUAUCGUACUUUGGAAACCAAAUAAACGCCAAAAACAAAACAGCAAGAAGACAAGCAAGCUUUCUCUUGACAAGAAGAGAAAUCAAGCAUACAUGUUUCGCAAACGUACCAGCAUCAGUGUGUCCUCAUAUCCGCAUAUCAUCAAAACGACAACGAAACAACCAUUCCUUUUCUUCAUCAACCAUAGCAAACCAGCCGCUCUCACACAAAACUCUGCGCCAUUUUGGCCAAACUAGCGAGCCCACCGAUUCCACUCGCGACACUCUGGAUACUCAAUCCAUUUCCUUCACCACCACCGCCGCCGCUCUGGCCAUCAUAGCCGGAACUCCCAUAAUACCC